CCUGAGUGUUGUUCUACACUUUACCCGCGUACGACAGUGCGUUGGCAAUCUGAAAAUAUGAGUGACUUGCAUUCUUCCUUUCUACACCAUAUCCGCAUCAGGAACAAACGUCAAGUAUGUCGUCAUACGCAAGGCAGACACAAUCAAAAGCACAAACGGAAUCAAAUGCGAAAAUAUUGCGAGCCCUUGUGAAGCAACCCGAUAACAAAGUAUGCGCUGAUUGUAAACGAAAUGAUCCAAGAUGGGCUUCAUGGAAUCUGGGAUGCUUUUUGUGUAUCAGAUGUUCGGGUAUUCAUAGAAGUAUGGGAACCCAUAUCAGUAAGGUCAAGUCAAUCGACUUGGAUAUAUGGACACCAGAACAAAUGACAGCCAUACAAAGCUGGGGAAACAGAAGAGCAAACAUAUACUGGGAAGCACACCUAAAAGCUGGGCAUGUUCCUCCAGAUCAUAAAGUCGAAAGCUUUAUCAGAAGCAAGUAUGAACUGCGGAGAUGGGCAAAAGAAGGUCCGGUUCCUUCUGAUCCUAGCGUUUUAGACGGUGGAGCUGCAAGCGCUAAUGAUGCUGCCCGAGCAGGCUCAUCGACAGCCAAGAACGGCUCAUCAGCUAGUAAGAGUGCUCCUUCGAGUAAUGCGCUUGAUCUGUUGGGUGGAAAUGACAAUACACCAGCACCGGCAGCGGCAACUACAAGUCUCAGCAAGCCAAGCGCAUCAAACAAUUUGCUAGACGACUUUUCUUCUCCAGCGGUGCCCGCCACAAAUAGAUCAACAGCAGCCCCUAAAGCAGCAGCAGCAUCUACAACAACAGCACCCGCUAAAGCUGGUACAGGUGGCGGUGGUGGAUUGUUUGAUUUGGAUUGGCAUGAUGGACCGUCAGCUAGUGCAUCUGCAACAUCCCCUGUGACAUCCCCAGGAGGAACAACAAAGGGAAAGAAUGAUAUUCUGUCCCUCUUUGCUGCUUCCAAACCGAUUGCACCCACACAACCUGCUCAACCUGCCGUUAAUUCUGGUUUCGGAGGACUUGACUCGUUUGGAGGAUUGAGUAUGGGAAGUACGAAUGUUCAAUCUCCACCACAAGCAGCUCCUCCUGUCGUGUCUGAUCCAUGGGGAGCGUCCAGUGGACAGAACACGAACAACAAUCUUUUUGGCUCUUCUGAUCCUUGGGCUUCUUCUACUACUGGAAGUGGUGCAACAACAACUUCGAAUUCGAACGAUAUCUGGGGCAAUCCUUCUAACACCACCGCUACGAAUUCGUUUGGAACGACGAAUUCUACAGCAGGCAAAAAUGAUGCUUUUGCUGAUAUUUGGAGCGAUUUCAAGUGAUUAUAAAUAUGGAAUGAAAUGUUGUUGACUUUUUUCUACUUGUAAUUGAUCACAUAAUUGCAAUUCAUUCUUUAGAUAUUUGUACACGUGAGCAUUAUAUUCUUGUUUGUUCAACAAGGAAGUUGAUGCACCCCACACAUAAGCUAUUGGGACCUCUAAC